AUUCCCACUUAAUAUGGAUUAUUUCUUUAAGGAAUUUGUCUUAUUUUUUUAUUAAAUACAAAAAAUGUAAUUUAUUACGCUAGUAUUGACGUUCAUCUGAGACUGCAGUCAAAUACAUUUCUAGACCUGAUGAUGAAAAAAAAGGAGUUUGAUUAAUCAUGUUUUAUUUGAAGGAGGGUCUACUGAAAUAAACAAAAACUUUUGAGUAUUUAAGUGUAUUUUAUCCACAAAUAUUUAUUGAACUCAUUAGCAUUCCAAAUUUAAAAUAACAAAUCGAACCUUAAUCUUUGCAUGUAAUAAGUAGUUUACAGACGUUUUAAGAUGUUAUUUUCACUUCAUCAGUGGAACGGCUGACACAAUAAAUCACAAAGCUGCAAAGCAAAGUGAGAUGCGUUACCUUUCCACGCGAGAAUUUUCUGCAGUGACUUUUCUUGCACAUGUAAAUACAAAAAUAACAACUUGGGUCACAGCAGGUCGCAAGAUCUGGUGGAGAGCGGAAACUUUAGAGGAAGGAGGAGUUCUCAGUCACAGGAUGUUUUCUCCUCAAGAGAAAUAUCGUGGGUGAGCGCCAGUCAGAGCCAGAGCAUGAUGCAUUAAUGUGAGAACACGUGCGUAGAAGCAGAUUGGUGAGAUCCGAUUCUUCUGCAGAGUGCAGCUUCGUGAGGCAGCGGGUUCGGGUGAUCUGGAGAAGAAUAUCGUUGCUUAGGGAAAAGUGUCCGAUCAAAAAAGACACGAUGAUGUUGGGAGUCUGCUGGAGGACCAUUAUCCUGCUGAGUUAUGUGCCGUCCCAGGUUCUUCUGCAGCAGAGCACCAAAGGAUGUGACGAGCCACGGGUGGAAGUUCUCGUCCUGUCCGCACGAAGCCAUCCCCCCGUGUUUGUGCCGUGCCCAGCCUUACCUGCGAACGCUCAGGAGGUGAUCAUGGAACUCUUCAAAGACCAAGAAAGUAUUUGGAAGUGCAAAACGGACAUCAGUUCCAAACAACAGUGCAACCAAACUCAGCUGAAUAUCCAGCCACACAAAAAUGAGUUCAAUCAAACUGACGGUCUUAAGAUAAUGGCAUUGCCAAGAACCAGUCAGGCAAUCUACAGAUGUCAGGUUGGAAUCGAAUACCCUCCUCCUUAUAAGUUAAUGAACAGUGCUGAACGAGUCUUGGUCUUGGAAAAAGACAAAGUACAAGAAGAUCACUGCUCCUCAGCGAAACAAUCAACAGAAGACGGCCAUAGAUUACCAUGGGUCUGGAUAACAGUGGUGUCACUUCUGUGCACUUACAGCAUAGCAGUUACCAUUUUUGCCUUGGUCAUCUGGUUCAAGCUGAGCGGAGCAGAGUACCAGAAUGACUACAUGAACACCAGAGCAACCCGGAACAUCAGGAAGAAAAAAGGGGUUCAGACUCCCAUACCAAGAUACGUCUGAUCCCUCAUGAGUCGUCAUUUCUACAUUGGGCAUUCACAAAAUGUUUGAUUUCAUUUGUUUCUGCAGAACCUUUUUUCCUCCACAGCAACUUCGCCACUUUCUUCGAGUGGAUGUUUAGAACAAUUACAUAGAGAGUGGGGAGAAAAGGCUUUUUUCCCCCUCACUUCCUGUUUCACUCUCUUGUUGUGAUCUCACAAACACGUUGUUGGGAACCCCUGUCUUUGUGGUCGAAACAGAAGGCGGUAUCUUAACGAGGGGACUCAACCACAUUUAAAGGUGCUUUCAGGUUGUAAAUCAGUGCAGCACCUUUGUGGAUCAUUAGUGCCCACGGCUUCAAGCCAGUCGACGAAACAUGAAGAUAAACACUUCUUGUCGCACAUUUGUCGCUCUUAAUUCUGAGAAAUUGAAGGCUGAGCACAAGAAGCUGCAAAUGCUGAAAAAUACCAAGCUGCACCAUUUCCUGUCUCUAUGUGUUUUUCCUUCUUCUGCACGUCUUCAAAGGCACUCUACGUUUUCUGUGCUCACCUUGCAGUUUCUGUGCAGGCGCUGCAAAGCAUUCACGUAGGUUUUAUUGGUUUCGUUUAGUAGCAUGGUGCUACUCAGCACCACCACAAGAACUAAGAUGCAGUUUUUGUUAAAGCCUUCAUACUGGAUUGAGAGCUGGCAGAUGAUUUCCCCAUUUUUACUUUUUCAUGUCAGUUUGAUGCCUUGAACUGAGAAAAACUGAAAAGCUGGUCCUGUCCUAACGUUACUGAAUGAUAAAUAGCUCAUAAAGCGAAUCUGUCAUGGAUUCUUUACGUUCACUGGAAAGGUUUGGAGCAAAACUCAACCAGAUGACUUACUGUUUAAAUCAUUUAUUGUUGAAUACAUUACAUUUGAGCCGUUUACAGCUUUAAGAGCCCAAAUCUUCAGUUUUCAUGCAUGUUUCUGAUGCGUGUUCGGGAAAAAUCCUUCGUCUGAGAACGUCCAGCAACUCUCCAUCAGACACCAACUGUAGAUCUUGUUCUGUCACCUAAAUAAACAAAAGUCAUGGAUGUUAGUCCUGCCACCAGUGAGAUGGACCCUAUUUUAUACAUCUUCCUAUAAUCAGGAGGAUAAAAGAGUUGCAAAACUAAAACCUUUAUUCUCCAAGUCUUAAUCCCAAGAAAACAAAAGAAAGGUAAACCAUUACCAGAACGGGGGAGUAUCCCAGGAUCUGCAGGUGACGUAUCUGGACAGCAAGGUGACCACGAGGAUGAGAUGUGUCGUAGCAAAAACUAGAGUUUGGUGCGUAAAUAACGGCGAUUCUAGGAAAUCAAAAAAGCCUUCAGUCAGCUUUGGAAACGGUUCAACGUGACUAAACCAGAGCACGGUUUCAAAAACAUGCUGAGGCUUAAUUGUCGUCAUGGAAAUCACAAAGAGCUCAGACACACCCAACUUACUUCGUCUUGUUUGAUUGUUAGAGUUAGAAAACUUUGACUAUUUUGCUUCUUGUUGUAAUAGAAAUGUAUGAAAUCCUAUGCUGACACUGAGAAAAAUAUGGUUGCUCCUGUUUAGUCAAAAUUUACCAUUUUGUAUUUUUCUUUCAGUGUUAGGAUUUAAAAUGAGCCAUCUUACACCAGUCUGUCAUGCAUAAAGACACGAUGUGCUGUAAAAUGUAAAAAACAACGAUGCAAAUGUAAAUAAAUAGACCGAAUUGCUGUUUUA